AUGAUCAUAGCCAUCUUGAUGUGCUCGUUUACGACGGUUAUGGCGGAAGAGCACUCGGAAGAAGCAGAAGAAUCGGAAGCCACAAAUGAUGCUGAAGCAUCUGAAGAAGCAUCUGAAGCGGAUGCGCCUGUAAGGCUUGAAAACCUUGUUGUUGUGGGUACGCGGGCAAGACCGCGUUCUGUCUUGGAUUCAGCGGUCCCGAUCGAUAUUGUGUCAAGCAAAUCCUUUGAGAAACAGGGCGGCGCAGAUCUACCGGAUUUGCUGAGAACUUUGGUGCCGUCUUAUAACAUCAAUACACAACCGAUUAGUGAUGCGUCAACGGUGGUGCGUCCGGCGAAUUUACGAGGGCUUGCCCCGGACCAUACAUUGGUGUUGGUGAACAGCAAGCGGCGACACCGUGCAUCGGUUAUCCACUGGCUCGGGAACGGUUUGUCUGAUGGUUCACAGGGACCUGACCUGGCACCUAUCCCGGCAAUCGCGCUGCAACAGGUAGAGAUCCUCCGUGAUGGCGCAUCCGCACAAUACGGUUCUGAUGCCAUUGCUGGUGUGAUGAAUUUUCAAUUGAAAGACAACCACGAAGGCGGUUCGUUUGAAUUUAAACCCGGUAUCUACCAAUAUGGCGACGGGCGACAGUUUGCUGUUGCUGGUAACAUCGGUUUAGGGAGUCCAGAUGCAUGGACGAAUCUCAGUUUUGAAUACGGUGGUGCAGAUCCGACCGUCCGGUCUGUCCAACGCACUGAUGCUUUAAACAUGAUUAACGCAGGCAAUUUUAGUGUGAAAGAUCCUGCGCAAAUUUGGGGACAGCCGAUUGUGGAGAAUGACUUCAAAUUCUUCGCCAACUACGGCGCUACCCUCACAGAUACCAUCAAGUUCUAUGGACAUGCUAACUACGCCCGCAAGCGGGUUGAAGGCGGAUUCUAUUUCCGAAAUCCAAAUACUCGCAGUGGCGUGUUUAGCGGUGAUGGCGGUGAGACUUUGCUCGUCGGGGGAUUUGCGAGGUUUGACAGCCGAGACGGCGGCUUGGGAAACCCGAAAGGCGGCUUGGGAAACUCAAAAUGCGGCAGCAGUGGAGGCCGGAGAGGCGUUUUCCGAACUGUCGCCUCACGAUGCUGA